AUGGCUAACUCAACCUCUGCUUCUGGAUCUCUCGACGAACAACUCAAAUAUGGUAUUGACGAUAAGGACUCUACGCUUGGCAAACUCGGUGAAGGUGUCAAGGAAAUACUGCCUCUGGGAAUACCUCUAGAAGAAGACCAUCGACCUUUCUGGGAUAAAGUCUUCCGGCCUUCCAGGCUUGAUCUAGAUAGUAUUGCCACUCAGCCGUCUGUCUUUGAUGACCCUACUACGCUUGAAGUCUAUCGGCCUCCUGCAGCCUAUGAGAAUGCUCACAGAUUUGAUCCCGACGCUAGGUGGACCUGGCGAGAAGAGAAGAAAAUUGUCCGAAAGGUCGACUUACGUAUAAUGCUUUGGGCAUGUGCGAUGUAUCUCGCACUCGACUUUGAUCGCGGAAACAUUUCGAAUGCCAACUCGGACAACUUCUUGGACGAUCUUGGAUUGUCUACUGAUGACUUCAACCUUGGGAACUCGUUGUUUCGUCUAUGCUUCCUCAUUGCGGAACUCCCUUCUCAAUUGGUUUCGAAGCGAGUUGGUCCUGAUCGGUGGAUCCCAACUCAGAUUACAGUUUGGAGCGUCGUCGCAGUCAGCCAGUAUCGCCUGUCUGGUCGUGCGUCAUUCCUUGCUACCAGGUGUCUUCUUGGCUUUCUCCAGGGAGGCUUCAUCCCCGAUAUUGUUCUGUAUUUAUCCUACUUUUACACAAAGAGGGAACUGCCGAUUAGGAUGGCCUAUUUCUGGGUCGCGGGAUAUAUAACGGAUAUUGUCAGCUCUUUUCUUGCGACGGGAAUUUUGCAGAUGCGAGGUGUUGCUGGCCAGGCCGGGUGGCGAUACUUAUUCCUUAUUGAGGGCUGUUUGACUUUAACGAUUGGUUUACUCUCGUUUUUCCUUCUCCCACCUGGUCCGACGCAGACGAAGGCAUGGUUUAGGCCCAAGGGCUGGUUCACUGUUAGGGAAGAGACUAUUAUCGUCAACAGGGUACUUCGAGACGACCCGUCGAAGUCCGACAUGCACAAUCGUCAGGGACUUUCCAUGCGUCAAAUAUUUGAGGCCCUCUGUGAUUGGAGAUUGUGGCCAAUUUAUGCACUUGGUAUCACACAUCAGAUUCCUACGGGCCCUCCACAAGUCUACCUAACACUUUCUCUUCGCAACCUCGGCUUUACCACAACACAGACGAAUCUACUGACUAUCCCAUCGACUUUCAUUGGUCUAACAACUAUGAUACUUGCCGCUUACUUCAGCGAAAUGGUCAAUAGCAGGGUGCUUGCGACGGUUUUGCUUCAAUUUUGGGCUUUGCCAUUGCUCAUUGCACUGUAUACGUUUACGGAGCAGACGUCACCUUGGAUAUACUUCGCAGUGGUAACACUAAUUACAGGCUAUCCAUAUGUCCACCCGAUACAAGUAGCAUGGGCGUCAAGAAACUCAAACAGUGUACGCGCUCGUACGAUCUCUGCGUCAUGCUACAAUAUGUUUGUGCAGGCCGGCGGGAUUAUUAUAGCGAACAUUUAUCGAGCGGACGACAAAGUGAACAAGCGCGGAAAUAGAGACCUCAUCGCCAUUUGCUGCAUGAACAUUUGCCUUUACGCCAUAACGUUCCUAUUCUACCGCAUGUUGAAUAACCGGCGUGUAAGGAUAUGGAGCUCCUGGACAGCGGAGGAACGAAAGGAAUAUCUCGAGAAUACGAAGGAUAAGGGUAAUGAACGUAUGGACUUCUGCUUUGCUAGUUAA